UCUCUCUCUCUCUCUCUCUCUCUCUCUCUCUGUAGUAUUUUUUUAUGUCACACAGAUGCAGACAUGGAGAGUGAGUGGAAAGCUAAUCAGAUAUCACCAAAUUGUCCAAGAUGUGGUUCUUCAAACACAAAAUUCUGCUACUACAAUAACUACAGCUUAACUCAACCAAGAUAUUUUUGCAAAGGAUGCAGAAGGUAUUGGACAAAAGGUGGAUCCCUCAGAAAUGUUCCUGUUGGUGGUGGCUGCAGAAAAAACAGAAGAGGUAACAACAAAACCUUAGUAAGACAUCGAUCCUUUGACUCUCUCACUUUCAAAAACUCACCUAAUUCUCUCACUACUUUAGAUAACAAUCAUUCUUAUGAUCCUAUUUUGAGGACUAAUAUUUCAUCUUCUAGUUCCUCAUUGGUGAAUGAUAGACCCAAUAUUGAUCUUGCAUUGGUUUAUGCAAAUUUCCUCAAUCAAAAACCUGAUUCUCAUAUUCCUGAUCAAAUGCGAAAAACAAAUUUCGAUCCUUGUCUAGAAAAUUCAAGGCUAUCAAAUGUUGAAGGCGGUACGAGUAGUUUAAAUUUGUCUGAAUUAGAACUUGGUUUCAAAGGGUGUUUGAAUCUUAAUCCAGAACAAUUACCAUCCACAACAGUAACAAAUUUUAGUGAGUUCAAUUCUAUGCAAACCCUUCAAAAAGAUAGAAUUGAUCAUUGUAGUAAUAUUCAUGAUGAUGGUUUGAAUGUGAAUUUUGAGCUACCACCUUUACCAGGUGAAGAGGAUUCACCAUCACAUGAUCAUGUAUUGUGGUCCAAUUCUGAAAUGAUGAUAAACCUUCCAUUUCAAGUUACUCAACCUCCACCACCAUUUCUUGGUCCUGAUCAAAUUCAUGAUGCAGACUUGUUAAUUGGUAAUUGGAGCCCUUUUGAUUUUCCAAGGGAUGCUUAAAUGAUUCUCUUCAUAUAUUUGGUGCAAAUCGGGUAUCCUCUAUACGCAACUGCGAAGACUAAUCCUUCGAGUCGGGUAAGACUGCAAAGACUAACCCUCGAGUCGGAUAGGACUACAAUGGACUGCUGAUCAGGGCUCAAUUCUAACCCAAGACCUUUGGUUAAGUUCGAAGAGGCACGAACCAUUUUAUGAUUCUCUUCAUAUUUUUGCACUUUUUAUAAUAUUGUUGCAUAUUGUUUGCAUAUUCAUUAUAUGUAGUUGUGUAUAGGAUAUGGUUGUUAUAUAUUACUACUAAAUAAUUCAAAGUUGUAAACAAAUACAGUCUUUGAGAGUUGAGACUAUAGUAACACACUAUAUAUCGAUAAACACAUUAUAGUAACAAAUAUAGUGUUUGAGUUGGGGUUAUUUGAUCUAUUUGCUUAGGAUCAGAUGCUUUCCAUUUUACUGAUCCUAAGAUAUGAUGUAAUAACUUUUUUGGUUUUACUCUUGAGCAUAUCUUAUGCUUAAGUUGUAUUUUUCUUUUUUAUGUUGAUUAAUGAAAUCUUUUUAGCUUACAAAAAGCAA